GGUCUACCAUUGCGCUAGGUGUGCAUUAAAGGCUACUUCUUUAUUAAGACGUUUUUAUUAAGACCGGGAAGUGCCUUCACUACCUAUAAGACUUGUAUUUCAACUAAAAAACUUUCUUUCUGACUUUAUUAUAGUUCAACUAAGCAUUAUGCCUUAUUGCUUAAUUUUGUGGCAAUAUGGCAAGUCACCUUACAAAGAAAAUUGCGCUCGAACGUAUAAUACGGUAUAAAUUAUCCCAUGUAAUUACUAGUAUGUAAGUGGCUUUAAGGAACAUAAGUUGUCUUUAUGCUUAUCGUUCAUGCGCAAGCGACGUCGAAGACAACUGUUUUCUAACAGCCAACACCAUUUGUUUCCUCUCAACUUUACCCUCUUAGCUGUGUCUAAAUCAUGUAAAUCUAACAUUCACGUUGCACGUCGCCCGCGCGUGCCGUCACCUCACACCGUCAGCGACACAACUGAUAUCAACUAAUAAAGUUCAGAUAUAUAUCAUCCGUAGGUAACAGAAAUUUCAGUGCUGCACUGAUUUUGAAAAAUAAGGAAGUUUCCUGGUUCUUGACUAUUAAAUUUAUGAUUUAAAAGAGUGUUUGGAAAGGACCCUGGUUUUGCUUUUAUAAGUCGUCUUAUCUUCUUAUUGAUUACUUAUUGAGUGUUGUUACACAGAAGUGAAAUUAAGUUGAAAGAUAAAUCGCUGCCUAUCAAAGACCUGCUGCAGAAACUUGCCUAUUUAAAGGGGCGUUUACACGACCCGUUUUUACAGUUGUCUCCAGUUCCGACUUGUUUCGACUUAUGAACAACUCUAUGAACAUGGAUAGUUGUCUUCGGAGUGUCAAAGAUCUGCUGUUGCUGAUGACCUUUCUAGUUUUAGUCCUCGGGACUUUCGUCGCCGGAGGGGAAGAAAUGUCUUCUUUGUCAAACUCUCCAUUAGCAGUUUGUGCCGUCAGACCUGGAGGCAAUUUUAGUGCGGCUGAGAAUCAGAAUACACUGAACCUUACUGUGACCAAGCUUCCUAGCAACACGUUCCAGUUCAAAGAGUGGGUUGUCAUCAAACAAAAUUGCUCUAUGGUCGUAUACAUACAAGCUGCACUAUACAUCCCCGUUGAUCCCUCUUUAGCACAUGGACUCUGUGGUUACGCUUCCCCCAGUCUCCAAGGCCAUCUUCCAUUUCCAUUUCAAUUACUUAAGGGAGGCCCAGUUAGCCCACCUGAAGAUGCACUGGCCUAUCCGUUCCCUGUGAGUUUGUGGGGGUCAGGAAACUCAAUCUUUGAAAUAUCAGUUCCCAUGUUUGGAGUCAACACACCAGUGAACUGCUCCAUAACAUUCGGGUUUUCAUCUUUUGAGGCGGCAUUUACUAUUAACGUUCUAGGGUGUCCUGAGAACAAAUACGGAAGAUACUGCAACAAGAAUUGUCCUCGGUGCAGUAUCGGUGGUUAUUGUCAUACAUUCUACGGAGGUUGUGUGUGUCUCAAGGGAUGGAGUGGCGCAACAUGUGACAGAGUGACGCCAAUGUUAGAGAUCAGUUCUUCGGCAAAUGGUGCUGUUAAACGGAACGAAAGUGUCCAAUUUGAUUGUGAUAUUUUCCCAUCUUCUCUGGAGACCAAUACAACCAUCAGAUGGUUGAUGAACAACCAAAAGAUAUCAGACGUUACAGACGUUAUUCAUAAAACGAGCAACAGGUCUAUAAUUUUUUCGAAAGGAAUACACACAAUAGGAGAUCAGAAUGUCACAUGCAUCGCUUUAACUGCUUCUGGACAGAUAUUGUCUAAAACAUACGCUUAUUACGUAGAAGAUUAUAACACUGAGACUGGAAUAAUGACAACUGCAGCAAUGGCAACAUUUAUUGGUGGAGGUCAACAAAUUAAUAACGCACUCAUCACAGUUGCAGUCAUCUCAUUGGUCGUGCUGAUUGUAGUCAUCAUCAUUACUGCUCUUUUAACUCACAAGAUGCGGGACUCGACUAAAAGAAAAUUCACGCCAUCAGAUAUGUACGCUGAAUACCACACAUACUUACAGAAUAUUUUCAUAGGUGUUGAAGAUAAUUCGUUCUUGGAUAACCAAGAGUACCUUCUUCAAAAAUGGAAGGUGCCAAACAACGAACUAUUUAUGGGCGAAAUACUCGGCGAAGGGGAAUUCUCCCAAGUAUACAAUGCUCGCAUUGAAUGGAAGCAGAAUCAAAUACUGAACGUGGCUGUAAAAAUGCUGAAAGAUCCUAAGAACCUGCAGUCACAGAAGGAUUUGAUGGCGGAGUUCCAAACCCUCUCCGAAAUCUGUCCCCACCCAAAUGUGGUGCAGCUCAUAGGCGUGUGUACCAGGAGACUCGGAAAUGAUGACUACCGUUGCCUGGUAACUGAAAAUAUGCCUGGAGGUAACCUCAAAGCAUUACUACAUGACUUAAAAGAUGGCAGGGAGUCGUCUGUAAAACCUAAAAGCAUCGGCCGCAUUGCAGUCGACAUACUGGCUGCAAUGAAACAUCUAGAGGAUCAAAAGGUGGUGCAUAGAGAUUUAGCCGCACGAAACGUUUUAUUGACCUCUGACCUGAGAGCAAAAAUUGGAGACUUCGGACUGUCCCGAGACACCUACCUGUGUGGUAACUACAAAAUGGCGGAUAGCCACGGAAAGCGGAUGCCUUGGUAUUGGAUGGCAAUUGAAUCCAUUGAGAACGGAGAAUUUACAUCAAAGACAGAUGUUUGGGCUUUUGGUGUCCUACUGUGGGAGAUUUGCACAUUUGGAUCUUUACCAUAUCCGGGAGUUGAUCCUGUGGACCUACUUGGUCUGUUACAAAAGGGAUACCGGAUGGAAAAACCGAUUUCCUCUUCAAAGGAGUGGUACUUUGUCAUGACGGAGUGCUGGGAUAAGGAUCCAGAUGCACGGCCGACAUUCAGCACGCUUUAUCAUCACUUUAAGGAGAUGUACUCUUCGAAAAAGGGAUUUCCAAAUUUCCCGGGGAUUUCUCCACAACCGGGUCAAGCAGCAUACCUGAGCAUGCAGGCAGAUUUAUCGGCCGUUGAUAAGAUGGAACCUAAUAUUGUCUAAAUCACUUAUGCAAUACGAUACUUAUGCAAUACGACGCGAUGAAUUUUACCAUAAUUACAAAUCCUGAUUGGCUGCUCGCUUUGUAGAUGAUUGACUGCAUCCCUCCUCGCAAUUCAAACGUUUUGUUAAACCUGAUCUGAACAGUGGUUAAGAUGAAGGGAUCCAGAUGAAAUGUACAUAUUGACUGAUUCUUACGCCAAAAGUUAAUAUUAUCAUAAAUUCAUAUAAUGGCAGUAUAUAUAUAUAUGCAUCAUUAUGUUAUUACACGUAAUUUAACGGUUAAGACAAACUUUUGAAGACUUUCCGUGGGAUGAAAGAUGCAAUACGAGGAAAGACUAAGUCAAUGCUUGAACUUUUCCAAUAGCCCCCUCCAUCUCUCUCUCUCUCUCUCUCUCUCUCUCUCUCUCUCUCUCUCUGUGUGUGUGUGUGUGUGUGUGUGUGUGUAUUGCGUGAUUUAGUUUAGAGUGAAUAGUGUAUAACCAUUUAAGAAUUAUUUUAUGAUGAGAAUAUUACCGAUAUGAUUUUAAGACGAAAGUUAUGGAUAUUUGCAUAUUUGCAUUUAAAUCAUAUGGAUCUUGGAAAUGAGAUAUAAAUGAAACUUUGACAAAUA